AUGCGUAGGCUACCCGCGGACGUGACGGCCAGCUUGAACUCCCUGGUUGGGCCGCUCAUGGCGCUUCUGCAGCCUACGCCGAGCUUCGUAACUCGGGAUCCAGAGUCCCGACAUUUUGCACACUCAACGCCAAACGUUUCCAAUCAGCCUCCUCAAACACGAUCACAGGAUCCCGGCCCUUCUGGCCAAACCAGUCGGCCGUUGGAAGCGCCACAGCCUGCGCCGAACUCAAGUGGCCUUGCUUACGAACACACUAGUGUGGGCGGCGUCCUCAAUGGCACAAACGACACUCAGCCCCGGACCAGCGCCCAAACGUCACGGCGUGCAUCGCCCAGCGGUCAUGCAACGCGAUUCCACCCACAAACCCCUUCCCGCUUUGUUGCAACCCCCACUCCAGUCGCGCGUCACCCUCCUCCGAGUAAUACCUCCAUCCAAGCUGUCGCAUUGAAUGCUUCAAGCCCCAAUGGAGACCCUCAAAUUCUGUUGUCUCCUCAUGCGCCCAGCGGCGAAGUCAAUCCUAAUGCUUAUGAUCAUCCUUCCAAUAUUCCCAGCGCUGAGCAUCGUCCUCAUAAUCAUCCUGGGCAACCACCCCGUGACCAUGUGUCUUGUACCUGUGGCACCCCCCACCCACACGCGAACCCCAACAACGCCAAUUGCCCUCCAGAUACUGGUCGCGGCUUCUUCGAUGCCGCCCAGCUGCAGGCGCUCAACAACAUUGCACAAAGCACUGCCACUUCUGCCCAAGUGCAGGGUGCCAUGAUGGCGAUGAUGCAGACGCAGAUGCAGAUGCAGGCCCAGACGCAGUGGCAGAACCAGUGGAAUCAGUAUUGGUGGCACAUGUGGCACAUGGGUGCACGUGCAUGGCAGGCGGCAAAUCCAAACCCAAAUCCACAGCUGCAACCGCAACCGCAACCGCAAGAACACUGGUACGGCGGGCCGUGGCUGCGACAUGGGUUGUAUACUGAGGAACAGUUGAACCGAAUUGCGGGAGCCCGGGCGCCGGCAGUUGUUGCGGCUUAA